UUUGAAUCUUCCUCUAAGCAUCAUCAACCUUCUGGAAACUCUAUACAUCUUUUCUUCCUCCACUCUCUCCUUCAACCAUUAAUUAAUUAAGUUAUCUCCAACCUGCAAGUGGAUUUCACAAUCUGUAAGAAGAAAAGGAGAGGAAGGAUGACAGGUCCACCAGAUAAAUACAUUCCAAAGAACAUCUUGAUAACAGGUGCAGCAGGGUUCAUUGCCUCACAUGUAACAAAUCGUCUCAUCAAGAACUACCCUGACUACAAAAUUGUUGCCCUUGACAAGCUUGAUUAUUGUUCUAGCCUCAAGAACCUCAUCCCUUCACGAUCCUCGCCCAAUUUCAAGUUCGUCAAGGGUGAUAUCGCCAGUGCUGACCUUGUUAAUCACCUCUUGAUUGCCGAAGAUAUCGACACUAUAAUGCACUUUGCUGCACAGACCCAUGUGGACAAUUCCUUUGGUAACUCAUUUGAAUUCACUACUAAUAACAUCUAUUGCACCCAUGUCCUCCUUGAGGCUUGCAAAGUUACUGGUCUGAUCAAGAGGUUUAUCCAUGUAAGUACUGAUGAGGUUUAUGGUGAAUCCGACAUGGAGAGCGACAUUGGCAACCCUGAGGCUUCCCAACUCCUCCCAACUAAUCCUUAUUCAGCUACCAAGGCUGGAGCAGAGAUGUUGGUCAUGGCUUAUCGCAGAUCUUAUGGUCUUCCCACAAUUACUACAAGAGGCAACAAUGUCUAUGGCCCAAACCAAUUCCCCGAGAAGCUUAUCCCCAAAUUCAUCCUCCUUGCAAUGAAGGGUCAACCAUUGCCUAUUCAUGGUGAUGGUUCAAAUGUGAGGAGCUACUUGUACUGUGAGGAUGUUGCUGAGGCAUUUGAAGUAGUGCUCCACAAAGGUGUCCUUGGGCAUGUGUAUAAUAUUGGCACCCAAAAGGAAAGGAGAGUGCUUGAUGUGGCCGAGGAUGUCUGCAAUCUUAUCGGAUUGAAUGCUAGAGAAGUUAUAAAGUUUGUCCACGAUCGGCCUUUCAAUGACAAGCGAUACUUCUUGGAUGAUCAAAAACUGAAGAAGCUAGGAUGGGAGGAAAGGACCACUUGGGAAAAAGGACUAAAGAUGACAAUGGAUUGGUACACUAAACACCCUGACUGGUGGGGUGAUGUGAAUGGUGCUCUUCUCCCUCACCCAAGAACCUUAGUGAUGGGGUUUUCAGAUGAGGAUGCUUACUUUGCCCAAUAUGGUUAUAAAAAAGAGUCAAAUGGUACCACUACUGGAGAAGGGCAUGGAUCAACAGGUUUGAAAUUCUUAAUAUAUGGAAGGACAGGUUGGAUAGGGGGAUUAAUAGGAGGACUCUGUAAGAAUAAAGGUAUAGAAUAUGAGUAUGGUAGGGGAAGGCUGGAAGAUAGAAAAUCAAUCAUGGAGGAUCUAAGAAGAGUAAGGCCUACUCAUGUGUUUAACGCAGCGGGCGUGACAGGCAGGCCCAAUGUAGAUUGGUGCGAAUCACACAAAGUUGAGACAAUCAAGACCAAUGUGGUGGGAACACUUACAUUGGCUGAUGCUUGUAAAGACCAAGGACUUCUGAUGAUGAACUUUGCUACAGGUUGCAUAUUUGAGUAUGACAAUGAGCAUCCAGAAGGGUCAGGUAUUGGAUUUAAGGAAGAGGACAAGCCAAAUUUCAUUGGUUCUUUCUAUUCCAAGACCAAGGCCAUGGUGGAAGAGCUCUUGAAAGAAUACGAGAAUGUUUGCACCCUCAGGGUUCGCAUGCCAAUCUCCUCUGAUCUUACUAAUCCAAGGAACUUCAUCACCAAGAUCACUCGCUACAACAAAGUUGUUAACAUACCAAACAGCAUGACAGUGUUAGAUGAGCUCAUACCAAUCUCAAUUGAAAUGGCAAAGAGUAAUUGCAGAGGAAUUUGGAAUUUCACAAAUCCAAGUGUAGUAAGUCACAAUGAGAUAUUAGAGAUGUAUAGGGAUUACAUAGAUCCCAAUUUCAAGUGGGAAAACUUUGAUUUGGAAGAACAAGCCAAGGUGAUAGUGGCACCAAGGAGUAACAAUGAGUUGGAUGCUUCUAAACUACAAAAAGAGUUUCCUGAAUUGUUGUCAAUCAAAGAUUCAAUCAUCAAGUAUGUCUUUGAACCUAAUAAGAAGACUUGAGUCUUUAUGGUUACUUGAAUUAAUUAAAGAGGCCAGAAAAUCCAUCUUCUGGUGGUAGAUGUGAUUGCAACUAUAACUUUAUUCUUUCUAUAUUUGUCAUUUAUAU